GAAGGAUGCUGUUCCAACUAAACACAAGGAGAUUAAAAAACCAGAAGUGGCUUCCAAAUUAAAAGCAGCUUCUCCACCUCUGACAAUAAAACCAGAGUCAGUUAAAGAGAAGCCAGUUUCUCCAUCAAAGGAAACAGCAAAGAAGACAUUAUCUCCUCCUGCUAUCAGAGAAACUAAAGGUUUGAUAAAUGCAUACACAUGCACAGGCAUACGAGUGAUUAAGCUGCAUGUCUGAAACAAUGCUUCAAUAAGUUCUGCAUUGAGAUUGAUGGCAUUCUAAUGGCAACAUCAGUUAAACGGAAGGAUGCUGAUCAAGAGAUCAAAAAGGAAGCCACUACAAAGAAACACAGAAUUUCUGCUGUUGCAUCAGUGAAAGAAACGAAAGAGAUCAAAACUACAGCAGCAGUGAAACCAGCCAAAGAUCUGAAAGAAGAAAAAGUAAAGAAACAGAAACACGCGACUGCUCCGCCUGCUGAAAAAGAGAAACUAAAGAAAGAGAAACCCACCACUGUUGAAAAGGGGAAAGUAAAGAAACAGAAACCCACCACUGCUGAAAAAGAAAAAGGAAAACAACAGAUGGCAGCUGUUGUUGUGAAAGAAGAAGAAGAGAAGAAGAAACCUGCAGCUGCAGCAAAAGCUAAAGCUACUAAAGAAAAAGCCUCAGAAAUGGAGAAGAAGAAGGCUCCAGCUUCUGAUAAGGCAAAGAAAGAACCAGUGAAAAAGAAAGCUGUGGCUUCUGAUAUGGCAAAGAAAGAACCUGUGAAAAAGAAAGCUGCAGUUUCUGAUACAGCAAAAAAAGAAGCUGUGAAAAAGAAAGCUGCAGCUUCUGAUACGGCAAAAAAAGAACCAGUGAAAAAGAAAGUUGUGGCUUCUGGUACGGCCAAGAAAGAACCAGUGAAACAGAAAGCCACAGCUUCUGAUGUGACAAAGAAAGAAUCAAAGAAAGAAAAAACAAAGACUUCAAAAGAGAAAGAAAUUGAAAAAGAAAAGCAAAGAAAACCUUCAACCAAGCCAAAGGCGAAAGAGCCAGAAAAGCUACAAAAAGCAAAAUCAGCUCAAACAACAAAAACAAAAGAGGCUGAAACUAUGAAGAAAGUGAAACCAAAGCCUGCAGGGAAAGAGACUGUUACUGUGAAGCAAGAGAAACCAAAGCCUACAAAAAAAGAGGCAGAAGCUGUGAAGCAAGUGAAACAGAAACCUGCAGAGAAAGCAGAAAAAUCAAAAGUAACAAAGACAGAAAAGACAAAGAAAGUGAAAUCUAAACCUCAAGAAAAAGAGACAGAAAAGACAAAGAAAGUGAAAUCUAAACCUCAAGAAAAAGAGACAGAAAAGACAAAGAAAGUGAAAUCUAAAGCUCAAGAAAAAGAGACAGAAGAGAUAAAGCAAGUGAAAUCAAAACCUCAAGAAAAAGAAGCAGAAAUGAUGAAGCAUGUGAAACCAAAAUCCGCAGAGCAAGCCAUUACAACAAAGCAAAAGGCAGCACGUAUGACGACUACAGCUAAAAAAGAGACACCUGCUGUUGCUAAACCAGAAAAGAUUCAACAUGAAAAAGAAGACAAAGUUGCCAAAACAGCAAAGGCACCAAGACAAAGUUCUGUCGCAGAAGUGAUAUCAAAAGCUCCUCUGCGCUUCUUCCAGUGUGUCUUCCUUGAUGCUCCCAAUGGAUAUGGGCCGAUGUCAAAUGCCUUAUUAUCUCUUCAAAGCCCUGCCGUGAGCAAAGAUCACCACAAGCAGAGUAGCAAAUCAGAGAGGAAGGUCAGAUCUCCAGGACACUAGGUGAAUAGAUAACAAAGUUUACAUGGAAAGUUAUUCUGCACAUUUUGUGCCGGUCCUCCUGGUCUGCCUCCGUCUGCAGAACUGUAAAAGGAGAGCACUGCGAAGAAAAAAGCAAUUUACUACUGACGGCAAUUGUAAAAGAGCAGGAAUGAUGAUCAGUUUGAGUGGAUCUCAACCUUAUUUAGGACUGAAAAACUGAAAUAUCUAAUUCCUUCUAUCAAAACUGUGGUGCUAUAGCAUUAAAUUGCGACCACACACCUGCA